CAGCAGCCAGUCUUCCUCCCUCCUCGGUCCCGAGGAGCUGCCAGAGCGAGAUGCGGGCGCUCAGCGGGGCGGCGGCCCCCCUCCUCGCGCUCCUGCUGCUGGCGGCGGCCGUCUCGGGCCAGGCGGGCGGCAAGUACUCGCGGGCGGCCAACGAGGAGGAGGCGGCGGCGGCGGCGGCGGCUUCUCCUCCUCCCUCGGCCCGGCCGGCCGCCGAGUUCCCCCUGGUGCGCCUGAACCAGGUCUGGGAGAAGGCGCAGCGGCAACUUCAUCUCUCUGCUGUUAAACUGGCAGAGCUCCACAGUGAUCUCAGAAUCCAAGAAAAGGACGAACUGAGCUGGAAAAAACUGAAGGCCGAAGGGCUGGACGAAGAUGGAGAAAAAGAAGCCAAACUCCGACGCAAUCUGAACGUCAUUAUGGCUAAAUAUGGAAUGGACGGAAAGAGAGACGCUCCGCUGGGCAGCACAAACUACAUCAAAGACGGUCUGGAAGAUGAUGUGCUUGAUGACCCCCGCCUGGAGAAGCUCUGGAACAAGGCCAAAACCUCAGGGAAGUUUUCGGAGGACGAGCUGGACAAGCUGUGGAGGGAGUUCAAACACCACAAGGAGAAGGUCCAUGACUACAAUCUCCUGCUAGAGACCGUGAGUCGGACAGAAGACUCCCAUAAAAAUGCGAUCAGCUCAGUGGAAGAAGGAAGCCUGCUCAAGGAGGAGCAGCUGCACCAGAAGCACUCGGAGCUGAAAGAGAAGCUGCACAGCAUCAAGCAGGGCUUUGAGCGCCUGCGCCGAGUCAGUCACCAGGGCUACGACCCCACCAGCGAAUUUGAGGAGCCCCGAGUGAUCGAUUUGUGGGACCUGGCGAAAUCAGCCAAUUUCACAGAGAGGGAGCUGGAGUCGCUGCGGGAAGAGCUGAAGCACUUUGAAGCCAAAGUGGAAAAGCACCAUCAUUACCAGAAGCAGCUGGAGAUCUCGCACCAGAAGUUGAAGCAUGUGGAGGGGACCGGCGACAAGGAGCACCUCCACAGGAACCAGGAGAAAUACGCCGUGCUGGAAGAGAAGACGAAAGAGCUGGGCUACAAGGUCAAGAAGCACCUGCAGGACCUCUCGGGCAGGAUCUCCAGAGGCCUUCCACACAAUGAACUCUGAAACGACGUGGCCAGCCGGGGGCAUCGGUGCGCUGCCCAAAAUGCCGCUCUGGGUAGGCCGUGAGAUGCCUGUGCCUCACUUCAGAAGCAGGCGGGGAGGAGCCCUCCUUUCCUUGGAGGAGCCUUUUCGCCCCUCUCCUGGUCACGUAUUGCUAGGUCUAGAAGUGCUGAUGCCGCCCAGCUCCCUGCCUCUUGUCCUGAUGCCUGCCUCAAAGUGACACUGGGUUCAGGACAAAGGGGUUGCGAGAAAGAGCCUCUUCCGGCACGCAAACAAAGGUUUCUCAUGGUGAUGGUCCCCACUUUCCACUGAGGCUUGCGAAGUGGCCACGGGCCCAGGGAGGACCAGCCAGGGCUGGCAGGAAGGGGUCUGGCUGGGGGGAGGAAGGCGGCAUGGGGCCAGGGACCACGCAGAGCGACUCUCCUGCUUGCCCGUUAGUGCUGCGUCUUUCUGUCGCGUGUUGUUUAAUAAAUAAAUAAAACACACUUGAAAGAGA